AUGGUGGAGGUGGAGGAACCUAUUAAAGAGUUCUCAAGUUAUAUUAACGAAUCACGAAAUUCAGUAGAAAUGGGAAAGAAAACAACUUCCGACUAUGGGGAAGGUAUUGAAAUGAAUAAUGUAGGUGGAAUGGACAUUAAUUGUUCAAUUGAGGUGAACAUGGAGUAUAUGCCUAAGAUGGUGUCUAUGACGGAUGAGCCUUUUAAUGUGUGGUCAAGUUAUAGUAACGAAUCACGAAAUUCAGUAGAAAUGGGAAAGGAAACAACUUCGUAUAAAAAAUAA